CCUUCCAGGGAGGCCUGAGCUGGACGUCCCGAGAUGAAGAUCAUCACCGCGGUUCUGGUGUGCCUGCUGCUGGCCGGGGCGUGGCUACAGGCUGUGGGUGCCAAGAGCAUGCAUGUGCCAGCCUCCAAUUGUUGUUUCACACUGGUGAAGAGAAAGAUGUCCCUGCAGAUAAUCCAGUGUUACAAGAACACCAGCUCCACCUGCUCCUACAAAAACCGUCUAAUAUUGAAGCUGAACGGAGGCCGAGAGGCUUGUGUCUCACAGACAAAAUCGUGGGUUCAGGCUUAUUUAAAAAGGAUAAACCCCUGCCAGUGAAAGGAAAUAUGAGCUGAUUCCUUUCCAUCCUGGACUCCGGACACCGCGUGGCUUUACCUGUCCCCUCAACGCCCAACCCUACACCAGCCCUUCUGCCCCAACUUUGCCGGGUCACGCCAGAGGGUCUGCUGGGUCCUGAUAAGCUAUGUUGUCGCACUUUAUAUACUUAAAUUCUAGAAUCUUCAACUUCUGCCUCCCUGUGCCUCUUG